UUAAACCGGCAGGUUAAAACUACGAAUCUAAUGCAUAGCCUAUAAUAAUCCUGUAGCCUAUAAUAAUUUGGAAAAUGCAAUGGUUUAAAAUAAUCUACUCGAAUAUUUUUAUUUGGUUUCAUCAUUGCACUGCUAAAGAUUCAGCCCUGCCACUGCAAGGACGGAACAUAUCGUGUGAUGAUGAAUCUUAUUACGAAUAUGUGCCUGACCGCCUGCAAUGGCACGAUGCCCGGCAAGUCUGCCAGAAAAAGUCUGGAGCCCUGGCCACAGUAUCCAGUGCAUUUGAGAACAUGGAGCUGAUAAACUUUUUUCAUUCAUUAAACAUAACACAGCAGGUCUGGAUAGAAGGGAUGGUUUUGACUCCCAAAAAAGAUGCUUUUGGAUCCUUAAUUCUGCAGUUCUCUGGCAAAAGUAACCGGAAGCAUGCUCGUCUCCUUCAGCAGUUCCCCGGCAUGCAAUCUGUGACUGUCUGUGUUCAUAUUCAAUUUGAUCCGAGUUGUUAUGGAUUUUCCACUGUGUUCUCUUAUUCCAUACCAUCGUUUAUAAAUGAGUUCCAGCUCCGAGCCAACGUAGUCCGUGGGAAACCCAUUCAGCUCGCUCUGAUGGUACACGGCCUACACGGGCCUUACUCGGUGGCCUCUGCCAACGACGGUCUGUGGCACUUCGUGUGCGUGAGCUGGACUCGGGACAAAGGCGAGUGGGUCGUUGCUGUCGAUGGGCUAGUUGUAGGCCAGGGGGACAACCUCAACUCCUCUGCUGACAUCGGCCGGGAUGGCCAGUUCAUUAUCGGUCAGGAGCAGGACACAUUUGGCGGCUCCUUCAGGAGUGACGAAUCCUUCUCAGGAAACAUUACAUGGCUCAACAUUUGGGACCGGGUGUUGAACAUCAGUGAAAUCCACGCUUUGGAAAGAGAGUGCUCACUGAUUUUGCCUGGAUUGUUUUAUAAGUGGGACUCCUCAACCCUAGAGAUUGAAGGAUCCCUGAGGAGACACUGGGGAAUCCCCCCCUGUCGAGGGAAGAAAAGUGAACAACACAGCCAAGACUUAUACUUUUUGACAUCAUAUCACAACUUCACCUCAGUGCAGAAUUUUGUACCAAAACGCGGAGAAUGUGUGACCUUUGACCCUAUGAGUGGCAGCUGGGACUUGGAUUUUUGUGUGGAAACAAAAGGAGCAGUCUGUCAAUUUGACAAAGAUUCUUCAGAAAAUCAGCAACGUAUAUUCAAUUUUCCCAAGACUCCCCUUUUUAAUGAAGUGAGCAACGACCCUUUGGCCAGAGCUGUGAUGGAGGAGGAACAUUUCAAUGUGACACCAGAAAAUUACUUUAAUAUAUUGAGUAAAUUUGGAAAGUUCCUGCUGGGGGCUGUGGAGGUGAACCCAGGCAUGGUUACGCCAGUCGAUAUGCUCUACCUAGCCCAGGUGAUACAGCUGGCCGCUGAAGCAGAGGUCUCUGCCAAUGGUAACACCUCUGAAGCCAUGUUGUCUUUUGCUACCAACUACCUGAAACUGGCCAGCGAGUUAAUUGACCCCAAGAUGUCUGCCCGAUGGCUGGACUUGACUGAGGAGGGGGUGGCUAUUGGGCCUUUCAAUGUGGUUGAAAGCAUCGACAAAUUGACUGGGGCUCUGGCAGAUGCUCUGUCUGCGGAAGGAAAAAGCUUUACACUUUCAACAAAAAACAUAGAUGUGCAUUUGGAACCCAGGCAGCUUUCCCAGCCGAGCUGCAGCUGCUCAUACAAACCGUCUACAUUUGGGGGCCAUGCCAACAGCCAGGAUGAGAUCCUUGUCCCAGACACAGAGGUGUCCCGGCUACAGUCGCUGGGUUAUAAGGAGGUCAUGUUUAUCCAUGUGUACUAUAGUCACCUUGUGGAAGUCCAGUCAAAGGUGCACAGAAAACCUUCAGAGGUUUACAAUGAAGACAGAAGUUUGCAUACAGGUAGACUUGCUACUGCCGUUAUAUCAGCUACAGUCAGAGAUUUCUCCAGGAGCCAGAAUAUUCCGGUUGCUGUUCAUUACACCUUAUCCUCUUCUGACAUGGUGGAGUACUCUUGGCUCGUUAAGCCUGUUUGCGUGUUUUGGAACUUCAGCCUGAUGACUGAAGAUCAAGAUGGCUGGUCAAGUGAAGGCUGUCAAGUGACAUAUUCUGGAUCUAUGGUCACUUCCUGCUUUUGCAACCACACAACCAACUUUGCAGUUCUCAUGAAUUAUAUGGGAUCCAAGUGGAGCCCCGAGGAGCAGAGUGUUUUGACUAAGCUGACGUUCAUCGGGUCCGGAGCCUCGCUCUGCGCGUUGGUGGUGACCUUGAUGCUGUUUACUGUGCUCGACAUUCCCAAGUCUGACCGGAUGUCGAUCCAUAAGAAUCUGUUUGCCGCUCUGACAGCUGCCCAGAUAGUGCUCCUCUGCAGUGGAGCAGCGGUUGGCAAUAAGGUGGCCUGCACACUAGUGGCAGCGCUCCUGCACCUUUUCUUCAUGGCUGCGUUCAGCUGGAUGCUGGUGGAGGGCCUGCUGCUUUGGAGCAAAGUGGUGACGGUUAACCUGAGCGAAGAAAGACACAUGAAGUACUACUAUCUGAUUGGCUGGGGCCUUCCAAUUCUGAUAGUCACAAUCACUCUGGCCUCGGCCUCGGGAAAGUACUCUGCGGACGGCCACUGCUGGCUGAGUGUGCACAAUGGGGUCAUCUGGGGCUUCGUGGGCCCGGUCAUCUUCAUCAUGAUGGUCAACAUCAUGGUCCUCACGCGGGUGGUCAUCAUCACCAUAUCGAUGGCUAAGAGGCGGUCCAUAAUGCUGGCGGUCAACAGCAGUCCGAUGGAGCAGGCUUACGAACAUAUACGAUCGGCGGUGAAGGCGGUGUUGGUGUUGUUGCCGAUCCUGGGUCUCACCUGGCUCUGUGGAGUGCUUGUGCCCUUCUCUAUAGUGAUUGCCUACAUCUUUAUUCUCCUGAACUCCCUGCAGGGUCUCUUCAUCUUCCUGAUAUAUGGGGUGUACAACACAGAGGUCCGAAGCACAAUCAAUAGAAUCAAAGAAAGGAGGAGAGCUCUGAACUUUUCGAAUUGCGCCAGCUCCAGGCCCUCCAGCUCGAUGACCAGCUCCCGGCCCGCCAGCUCGCCGGUGCCUGGGCUCCAGUCCCACAGCCAGGAGGAGGGGGGGUACAGGACCUCCACGAGCCACCUCAGCUCCUUCUCCGCCCCCCUGGACAAGGCCACCGUGCUCUGCGAGAGCUCCACGCAAGCCGUCCAAAGGCAGCUGUCAAUCCCCAGUGCUAGUGGAAGUCAGGAGGAUGAGGGUCCCAGCCCUGCCACUCUUGAUGAGGUAACAGUCACAGGCCACCCCCCCUACCACCCCCCCCCCCCCCGCCCUGCCCCCCUCCCACUGAGCCCUGGCAGCCACCAGGGUCGCCCGCUGCCUAAGCUGCCGCUGGAACGGCGGAAGUCAGCGUUGGUCCUAAAGGAAGGGGAUCGAGUGAGGCCAAGUGAGGGAGAUGUGCUCACGCGGUGCCCUGGGACCAGCGCGGCGUUGGUGCGCUGCCAAAGCCUGCUCCUGCACCGUGCACCGGAAGAGCAGGGAGACACGGCGCAGCACCUCCGCUCGCCGUGCCGUUACACGCGAUGCCGGCCCCUCUGGGGCCACAGCCCCCCCCGGCCCCGUCCCCCCCCGGCGCGGGGGCUUGACAGGGGCCGGGCGUCUGGGUCCGUCCCAGGCCGUCACUCGCGAGCCAGCGUGUCAAUCGCGAGGCGAGCCGCCGGGCUUCCUGUUUUGCCCGUGUGCUGUUGCGCAUCCUGUCCGGCGGUGCCGUCGGCGGCAGGAUUUUCCCGCUUCCCCGCGAGGCCUGUUACUCACCCGCGGAGCCGAGCGCGGCCCCCGCUGUCCCGCGGCCCGCGUCUGGCUGACCUCGUGCCCGCGCAGCGCUGUCGCUCUCCCCCACGCGGCUCGACGGGUCGCGGCCUCCGCGGUCAGAGCGCGUUAGCGGCCGUUUUAGCCCGGAGGUACGGCAGCUGA